AUUCACGGAGGGCGACAGUCUGCUUGUCCAAACCGAACAUGAUAGAUUCUUUUCUUUCAGCCAUUAGCUCGGAGUCAGGAAGACAAGCACACCAACCGCGACCGCGGCGGCCGGUGCGACUCCUCUUCCUCAGGCUUCGAAGGAGACGAUGGCUAAGGAGAGCGGCCAUCUAACGAUGGUUGCGGCCUCCAAUCAGCAGCAGCAGCGGAGGAGAUGGCCGAGCCUGAUGCCGCUCCUGGCGGCUCUGGUCGUCUUCGCCGAGAUCGCCUUCUUGGGCCGCCUCGACAUGGCUGAGAAGGCCGCCUCCGUGGUCGAGCAGUGGUCCACCCCCUUAUAUUCUUCUUCUUCUUCUUCUUCUUCGGCUUCUUGGACUCUGAAGGGGCUCGAUGAGGACGAGGAUCGGGGCGACACUCGGAAUUGCGAGGAGUGGUUGGAGAGGGAGGACGCCGUGCCUUACUCCCGCGAUUUCGGAAAGGAUCCGAUCUUGGUUCACGGCAUGCAAAAGGAUUGGAGUUCUUGUCCCAUGGACUGUAAAUUUGGAUUUGCAAAUGACAAGGUACCUGAUGCUGCAUUUGGGCUACCACAAAAUCCAGCAGUAGCUGGUAUCUUACGGUCAAUGGAAUCCGCACACUAUUAUCCAGAAAAUGACAUUGAUACGGCACGACGGUGGAUUUACUUGGAUAUUGACCGUUCUGUCUUGGGUGAUAGGAGAGGGUAUAAAGUUGUAAUGACGACCAGCCUUUCCUCAGAUGUACCAGUUGGUUAUUUCUCAUGGGCCGAGUAUGACAUAAUGACUCCUAUGCAGCCAAAAACUGAAGAAGCACUUGCAGCUGCUUUCAUUUCCAAUUGUGGGGCUCGAAAUUUUCGUUUGCAGGCCCUUACUAUGCUGGAAGAGUCAGGCAUUAAGAUAGAUUCUUAUGGUAGUUGUCACCGUAAUCGAGAUGGUAAUGUGGAGAAAGUAGAAACUUUAAAACGCUAUAAAUUUAGCUUGGCUUUUGAGAAUUCUAAUGAGGAGGACUAUGUCACAGAAAAAUUCUUUCAGUCACUUGUUGCAGGAACUGUUCCUGUUGUCAUUGGUGCUCCAAAUAUCCAAGACUUUGCACCUUCUCCUGAUUCUAUUUUGCAUAUUAAAGAGAUUAGUGAUAUUGAUUCAGUUGCCAAAAGCAUUAGGUACCUUGCAACAAAUUCUGAUGCUUAUAAUCAUGCACUGAGGUGGAAGCAUGAGGGUCCAUCUGAUUCAUUCAAGGCCCUUGUGGACAUGGCAGCUGUACAUUCAUCCUGUCGGCUCUGCAUACAUCUAGCAACAAAGAUCCAAGAGAUUGAGGAAAAGAGUGCUGCGUUCCAGAAUCGCUCCUGCAGUUGCACCAGCAAUAUGGGAACAGUAUACCACCUGUUCGUCCGAGAAAGAGGUCGAUUCAAGAUGGAGAGCAUCUACCUGAGAUCUGGGAAGUUGACUUUAAAAGCUUUAGAAUCUGCAAUUCUAGCCAAGUUCAGAUCAUUGAACCACACACCCAUUUGGAAGAACGAAAGGCCAACAAUUCUAAGAGGGGGAAAUGACUUGAAAAUACAUCGAAUAUACCCAGUUGGCAUCACUCAGAGAGAAGCACUGUACACCUUCAGAUUUAAUAACGAUGCUGAACUCGAGAAGCAUAUCAAGAGCAACCCUUGUGCGAAGCUCGAAGUUAUUUUUGUGUAGCACGACCGCCUUAAAAUUAAUUAGCAAUUUCCAACACAUCUCAAGUUUCAAGUUCUGAUGCAAAUUAUCUCAUGGCGCCUUGGUAUGUUGCAACAGAAGCAGCACACGGAGAUCGACAUCCAGAUAUUGUAGAAUAUGUACGUGCUUAAUUUAAGGUGAUGAUUUUUAGUUGACUUGAUUGCAAAAAA